CGGAAGUCGCAAGACGAUCCUUCGUCACAUCUCCUUGCUCCCAACUCGUCUCGAAGAUCAGCCGCGGGGACAUAGCCGUCUGACUUAGCAUCAAACAGCGUUGAUCGCAGUGAGCGCAUAUUUCGAUGCCCUAAGGUGUGCAUCAAGCUUCUCGAAUCUCAAGUCAAAACGAUACGCCAGGUUGCCCCAGAUCUCGCCAGAGUUGCUCCUUUCUCCUGUUUUGGUAUCCAAUCGUGGCUUCGUGAAGCUCAUUAAGAUCGGCCAACCCUAUGUCUCAUGCCGCAGCGGACGUCGACAAUGAUCCUGGCACGAGUGUCUCCACGGUUCGUGGAUUGCAAGGAUUGCAGCGAUUGAACACAGUCAUGCCUCCAGAUCUUACUGUCUCGCUGGAUAUUGGAGGCGGUCGACAGUUAUCGCCGCGACAGCCCUUGCUACAUAGCCCUCUUCCCUCCCCUGGAAGUCCCUCUGGCGACUCUGUUUCCUCCCUUCCUUCAGUGUCAUCAUCCUUCCUCUACUCAUCAGGGCCAGGAAGCCCUCCGCAUGCUCCGUCACACACAAAUGAUACUCAUCAAAGCACUGAUACGGACGCUGAGCCACACGACUCUACACAGGGGUUGAUCAUACCGUCGCUCGCGCUACCCAUCCUCACCCAGCGACCGACGCCUUACGGCCAGACACUCGGCGACGUGCGCCUCCUCAUUCUCGCCCCACGGCACGCAGCAUCAUCUGUAUCAACCCUUGUCUCGCAGCUCAUCGACGAGAAUGACGAUAUAGUCGACGAAGGGGCGUGGGAAGAAGAGGACAGGGGGCACUUCGCGGGCAGGAUCGCAGUGCGCCGGGCAUCCACGACCUGGGUGGAGCUUAGGGAUGCGCAUGGGCUGGAGCACACCGAACCCGCGCGCAAUAUUGAACUCGUCAGGGUACCCGGGUAUGAUGCCGAGGACGCUGCGGAAACUAUUCUUGGACGCACAUUACCUCUUGUCCACGCGCCGUUUCACCAAGUUCUCGAGGCGCUCAAUCCCGAGUACGGUCCAAGUACGGUACUAGCCAACCUACUUUCAUCUGCAUGUACGCCCCUGUACACUGCAUUAAUAUUGCUCUUGACGUCAUCAGCGCCGACGCAAACCGAGCGAAACCUUCUGGAUGCGCUUAGCCCUCAUGUCCCCGUCGUCGUGCUACCUCCACUCGCGUCUGAGUCGUCUUACCCCUUCUAUUCCUCGGGCUACUCAUCUUACCCUAUCUCGAUCGCUUCUUCCGCGUACGCGUCGCCACAGCACCCGGCAGGGUCACACUCGCCUAUCACGUCUGCCCCGAUCUCCGCGUUCCGUCCAACGUCUGCACAUGCCUUGCGGCUCGGCUUGUUCCGCACACCGGAAACGAUCGCCCACCUUCGCGGCGAGAGCGCUGCCCGGUUUCUGCGCUGGCGUGAGGUCGAGCGCGCGGUGAACCGCAUUAGCUCUAGCAGUGGUGACUACUUCAGCAAGAUGCCAAGCACGAGCACUAGCUUGGAGACGAGGGCGGGGUACACCCCGUGUGUGCCCAAGUUCCCGUCAGCGGCCAAGAGCAAGCACGGCUGGGACAAGGCCCGUUGGGAGGCAGAGUGGGAAGGCACAUUGUCGCACGAUGUCGCAGAGGGGCUGCGCCAGCGCGGUCACGCGAACACUGCUCGUCCGUCAGAGGACCAGCUGCGUGAGCAGGAGCCGGCGUUUGACGAGUACCGAUCCCCACAGGGCUGCGUUCCUUCCCCGCUAGAUCCAUUGCAUGUUGGGUCUCUGUUCAUGUUCUCGUUGUCCCUCCUAGGGCCGCUGCGUGCGCGCCUCGCUCAGUCGUUCGGGUUCGGCGGGCGUGCUAGUACGAAUACGAUGGACACCGAGCGGAGUGGAGAGAAGAGACGCUCGCGGACCCUUGGCUUAGGACUGGAAAUGGCACUCAUGGGCGCCUUCUGUGCGGGCGUAGGUUUGGGGCUUCUUCUAGUAAGAGGGUGAGGCGUCCGCGUUGGACGUUUUGGACGUGAGUCCCCAAACUGCUCUCAUCGAUAUUGCUCCAAGUUGUAUUCUACUGUGACUAUUGAUCUGCAGUCUUCAUUACAUUUCAAUUACAGCUAUCAUUGGCUUUCGUUCUUCAUCGUAAACCCGGUUAUGUACGCCGGCUCGAUUGCCCGCCUUCGUCGCA